UCCCGACAAGUCAGCCAUAAGUCGCUCUUUUGCGUUCAGCCUUCUAGCUUAAUACACGAACAUGUUCUCGUUACUGUUGUUUCUGUGUAGCGCAGCGCUAGCCUACUUACUGAAGGUGAAUGGCGUUUGUUUCCCGCUGAUUCCCAUUAAUAGCAGACGUAUCGCAUGUAAAACCAAUACUAAUCAGUGUUAGGGUUCCCAUCAAAUUGUUUAAAAUUUCAAGGACGCUAAUAAAUAAUGAAAGAAAAAUGUUCCCUUUCUUCUGCGCUGUUUUCCUCUCAUCUGGGCUGUUUCUCGCUUUAUUCAGUAAGUAGUAAGACUGGAAUUAUACCUGAGCAUUAGUGCUACAGUCUGACAGUGCUAGGAAUUGACUGGGAAUUUUUCGCAAACAAAUUUUAAUAAUAAAUAAUUUAUUAGACUUAAAUCAUCACUUUAAUUCUCAUUUAUCAAUUUUCGAACGUAAUGCUAUUGUAUUGUUAUUGUGUACUGCACGGUAUAAAAUACUGAAAUAUGGUUGGAGCGCAAUGCUGUAAUUUUUCAAAAUAUUGUACCAAAUGCUGAAAUGUCAAUAAUGUUAUAGUGAAGAUAAGAAACUCUCUUUUAGCAAGGAGAAACAUAGAAAAAUUUAGAAAACAAUGUUCUUACACAAACGAACUCGACAUGAUAUGCAAUAACUUAUGACUUUUCAUAACUCUUUUUUUUUCAAUCAAAAAAUAACUAAUUAAAAUCAAACUGUGGAAUCAACUCGAUAAACAUGGAUUCAAUUUUAUUAUCUUAUUUAUUAUUUAAUUAUUGAAAAUUUCACUUUGUUGGAACCAUAAAAAAAAAAAUUAAUAAUUGUUUGGAUUAAAGUGGUGGAAAUAUGAUGAGCACUCACACUGUACAUAGUCAAGCUGUAGAAGCACCACCAUUCAUUAAUGCUUUGGAGUUUUGUCCUUUCGAACGUGCAUCUAACCUUAUAGCAAUUGCUAGUAAAGAUGGUCUCACAAUUGAAAGCUGUGAAUUUUCUGUAGAGAAAGAAGCUAAUGGUGGCUAUGCAAAGCAAAUAUCCAAAAAUCUUGUUCAUAAUAAUGUUAUACUUCAUAAGCUGAGAGUAUGCGAUCUGAAUUGUCUUGCCUGGUCCCCUGUUUCAAAUAUAAAACAUUUGCCAAACCUAAUUGUGAUUGCUACUGGAACUAAAACUGGAGUGAUCAAUGUAUAUACAGCAGAUCUGAAGGAAGAAGCUGUGGAAAAUUCACUUGAAGGCCAUACUGAUUGUGUAAAUCAUAUCUCAUUUGAGCCAAUAGAAGGUCAGGAGCUAGCUUCUGUGAGUGACGAUUACUCUUGCAAAGUUUGGGAUGUCGAUAGUGGUGAUGUUAUCGUGUCUUUCCCACUUCAGUAUCCCGGUGUGAGCGUAUGUUGGCACCCUGACCAAUCAGGCAAAUUGAUGGCAGCGGAACUAGGAGGUCGAAUAAGAUUUUACAAUGUACAUUUGAAACAGGCAAUACUCUCAGUUGACUGCAAAAAACACAGCUUAACUUCUGCAGACUGGUGCUGGUUGAAUCACAGUAAAGUUGGAGCUAGUGCAGAAAUGGAAUGGUUUCUUUGGGAUAUUACAAAAUCCUCAUAUCCACUUGAUUCACAGCAAGCUAAUUCUGGAGGUUGCAGAAAAUUACUCUGGUCUAAACACCACGAAGAUGUCUUUCUUACACUUGGUCAACCUCAAAACACUGUAAAAAUUUACCAUCUAGGUCAUCGUCAACCCAUUCUUCACAAAGUUCAUGAAACAAGCAUGUGUGCAUCAUGGCACAGCACUUUACCUAUAUGUGCAAUAGCUGGAAAUAAAGCUAUCCAUUUCUAUGACACGAAAAGUUGUACACAGUUUUGAAUAUUGUUUAAGGCCCACAAAAUUUAUAUAUCUUAGACACUGCCAAUUAGUAUGUUUCUUAUGCUUGUGAGAUUGCAAACAAAUGUAUGUACCAGCGUAAUAUAUUUUCUGGUUUUUGUCAUGCAAUUAUUUUCAACGAUUUUGAAUUGACUUUAUUUCCAACAAAAUCAUGAUUUAAAUUUAAAAAUAAAAUUUCAAAAAUCUUGAUUUUCAAUACAGAUAAUUUCUCAUUAUCUAGAAAUCCAUCAUUAUUUUUAAUUAGGGUUGAAUUAAUUCAUUGCAGCACAUCACUUGAUUACUUUUCGAUACUUUGUUUUCUAUCUCUAG